AUGGAUAAAGAUAUGUUUGAUGUAGAAAGUAUACUGAAGAAAUCACCCAAAGGAAAUAUUGUGCUAAGUUAUUUUAAUAAAAAUAAUAUACUGUCUGAAGCUUGUAGAAAAAAUAUUGUUGAAACUAUUGUUGAGCACUUAAUUGAAAAUAAAAUACAUGCUUCCCCAAAAUGUAUGGAAAAUAUUGCUGAUAGUAUUGUUAAAUUGUUCAAUGUUGAAGUAAAGGAAGCAUAUUUCAUAAAUGUUCCAAAGAAAAAACCUAAAGGCAUGUUAUAUCAAAAGUACCACAAUACGAUUACUAAAUUAAAACGGCAAGACCUUUGGGAGAAAAAUGCAAAAUCAAAUUUGAAUAGUGAUCGAUUAUUUGAUAAAUCUGUUGAAUAUUGUCAUUUAACUAUUGAAACUGAUGAUCCUACAAUAUUGAGUUUGAAGAGAUGGCUCCAAUUUAAUGUCGAACCUUUAGAAGAAGUUCUGACCAAAUGGAAACAAACAAUCGAACAUAGACGACAUUUCCUUGCAUUAAGUAGUAAUGAAAUAACUGAUAUAUUAGACCAUUGGCCUAUCUAUAAACAAUCUUAUGCUCAUCAACUGAUUGAUAUUGAUUUUGAGUUUAUUUAUCCUGGUAAAAGUAACCAUCUAUUUGACACUUGGAGCACUUUUGUACAUAAAAUAAUACCUUUUAUGACAGUUAAAAUAAAAGAUGGACAUAGUAAAGAUCUUCUUAAACAAAUGCUUGAGCUUCCAGAAUCUGAUUUAGAAAUGAAAAAUGUAUUAAUAUUCGGACUUUUAAAUUCACUAAUUGUACCAACAUCCAAGACCAGCUAUACAGACAGGGAAACAAAAAGAAAACGUUACAUCAAACCAUCAAUUGCUGAUGGACGAGAAUCAUUUCUGCUUUAUGUAUCAACGUUAAAUGAUUUAUAUGUUCAAAUACAAAAUCGAAUUGAUUAUUGUUUUGAGACUAAACAAAAGUUGCAGCUAUUCAUUUGCAUCAUUGGUUCAAAUUAUGUAAGUUGUGUAUUCAAUUUAAACUACCCACAUCAAAGUGAGCUAGUUUGGACAUUUAUUCAAAAGUUUAUAUUUAAAAUAAAUACAGACAGUGAUGUACAAUGUUCUUCACUAGCGUCUUUGUUGUCAGAUUUAAAUAAUCCCUAG